UAUUUAUUUAUUUGUUAUUGUUACACAGCGCUUGUCUCCGUGUUUGGAGAAACGUGUCACUGAAGUAAAGUCUCUGUUCACUUCAGGAGUUCUGUUCGUUCUGUUCGUUCUGUUUCGUUAAAGUUUCGUUUGUGACAAAAACGCGGGAAACGAAGCAAAAACUGCAUUAAACUCAAGUCGCGUGAAUAUCGUUUGCGCAUGCGCAGGCUCAUGCCCGGAAGUAAACACGGUGGGCAGAAGAGCGCAGUGUCUCUGGGUUUGAGCUAAAGUAAAAGUAAAGUUGUUAAAAUGUGCAAACGUCGCGCGCUGCGGACGCACGUGCACGAGCUUCUCUCUGCGGCUGCGGAUGAAAUCUGCGCGCUGCUGGAGAAAACCAUCGCGGAGUAUGAAGAGGAGGUGCGCCGCUCCACAGAGCUGACCCGGACAGGACCAGAGCGACCCGCGGCUCUGCUCCAGACCGAGGACCGGGACCUGCCCCCGGGGAAACCUGCUCCAGAAAAACUCCACAGUGAAGCUUUAAACCCAGGUGUUCAGAUGUUUUGGCUCAGUCCUGGUCUGAAACAGGAACUCCCCGAGACUCCACAGGUCAAACAGGAGCCACAGGAGCCACAGGAGCCACAGGUCAAACAGGAGCCACAGGAGCCACAGAUGAAAGAGGAGCCGCAGGAGCCACCAGACGAGCCGGAGGUUAAAGAGGAGCCAGAGGAGCCAAGCGUCAAACAGGAGGAAGAGCAGCGUCCAGAACUCGUCCCACAGACACAAGAGUCUCCACCACAAACGGAGUCCAACAGAGACGAGACGCAGAGACGGGAGACGCAGAGACGGGAGACGCAGAGACGGGAGACGCAGAGGGACAUCAGAGCCGUCGUGGACGCUGGAGACGCCUCGGGAACAGCUGAAAGUUCUGCAAACAGAAAACACCAGUGUCCGUUUUGCACCAAGACGUUUGGACAUCAGCUGUUCCUGGAGAGACACGUCCGCGUCCACACGGGGGAGAGACCUUACAGCUGUCCAGUCUGUGAGAAAACCUUCGCCCAGAAAAUCAACGUUCGCUCCCAUCUGAAAAUCCACUCCGGAGAGAAACCUUUCAGCUGCUCCGUGUGUCAGAAAACGUUCACCCAGAAGACGCACCUGACGUCUCACGCUCGGACGCACACGGGCGAGAGACCCUACAGCUGUACAGUCUGCAACAAGGGCUUUGCUCUGAAGGGGGGGCUGCACACGCACAUGAGAACGCACACGGGGGAAAAGCCUUACAGCUGUUCGGUGUGUCUGAAGACGUUCGCCCACAGGACGACGCUGGUGUCUCACCGCAGAGUCCACACGGGCGAGAGACCUUUCAGCUGUCCGGUCUGUCACAAAGGUUUCGCCGAAAGUUCGAACUUGACGAGACACGUGACGACGCACUCGCGGGACCGACCCUUCAGCUGUUCAGUCUGCGCCAAGACCUUCACCAGUAAAAGGAUCCUCCAAGUCCACGGGAAAACCCACACGAGCCAAAAGACCCCACGCAGGACUCACGAAGACGACCAACCAUUCAGCUGAACAGAC